GAGAGGAGGUGCGGGGGGGUCGCGCUAGAAAUUGGAGCGUGCCGAUCUGGGAGUGACACUUAUUUUCGCUCUCCUUUUGCGAUAGUGUCCCGCGAUUACGGGAGAGGCAGUACCACUCGUCCCCCUCGUCGCCCGAGAUUCGGCACGCCGACGAAUGAGACGGUUGUCGGAAAGAGCCGUCGCCGGCAGCCAGGGCCAGUUCGGCGUCCGUCCUAUCAAUUCGCAAGGCGAUGACGCCGUCGUCCGAGGAGCGUGGCGUCGACGCGUGAAUCGUCGAGGAUGCAGCAAGCGAGUGUGGGCGGUUGCGACGAGGACUCAGACGCGACGAGUCCUCCAGCGAGAUCGCCAGUGAAUUUCGCGAUCAAGAGCGAGCCUGUCGCGGACAGGAGCGACGGGGUGAGGGUUAAGGUCGAGAUGCCCGAGCCCACGGAGGCCGGCGUCGAGGUCAAAGCCGAGCUGCGGGAAGAUUAUCAGCGGCAGCCGAGCAGCGACAGUUAUCACUACAACGAUAAGAAACCGACACACAUCCCGGACGCUCCCGGAUUGUGUCAGCCGCCGCAUCAGGGAUUUCGUCCUGUGGGAUUACCCAGCUCUUUCGGAUUUCCCCCCUUUUACGGACAUCACCAUCCGACCAUGAUGCCGGCGUCGUUCCUCGCCGGACGACCCUCCCAGGACGGACCGAUCGGGAAGAUAGGUGACGGUCACGAACAGUCGACACCUCACAUCGAUCGGCACGCCUACGGCAGGAUGCCGCCGAUCCCGAACGACGGCUUCCUGCAGGAGCAUCAUCAUCGUUUCGACGCGGGCGACUUUCAACACGCCAACGCGACCGGAAUGCCGCCGUACGCGGCAUUCCGACCGUCCAUGCGUUCGCCGUACGCUAAUCAUCAGAACAACAGCGUCUACAACAGAAGCAGCCACUAUCAUCCGGCCAGGCAGCGCAAGUGGAGCAGUGCUGCGUUCCGCGGACUGCAUCCGCCGAUGCCUUGGCCGACGUGGUUUUUCCGCCCCGAUCUUUCGCUUGGCACGCCACUACCAACGAGUCAUGUUCCAAAUUCGAGCAACGUUCCUACAUCUUCGCCUCUACCAUCUCGAACGCAUCUGGACGCUCCGAAAGGGCCGGAGCCUCCUUCUAACAGCAACAAAGUCCAUGGACAGAUGCCAACGAUAUGCACGUCCAUCCGAUGCACAGUGAACAGCUGCUGCUGCGAAUCCUUCACACCGGGCAAACGUCACUUGCGCUACUGCGAGAACUGCCAUCACGGAUGGGUGCCUCACGCGCUGGCGCGACUGUCAAGCAUCCACCACCAACAGCAGCAGCACCAGCAGCAGCAGCAGCAGCAGCAGCAGCAGCAGCAGGCUCAACAGCAACAACAGCGGCUGAGCGGUGGUGGUGCCGGCAGUGGGGAUGUCGUCUCCAGCCCUCGUCCCGCUGGUAGGGAGGACAAAAGCGUCGUAGGGAGGGUAAAGCAUCCGGCGACGACGACGUCGACGACGACGACGGCGACGCCGACGACGACGACAGCACCCGCGGCCGACGGUGGAGGCGGUGGGUUGGCGGCGGAGGAGGUGGAGGCGGCGGUAGUAGUGGUGGUGGUGGUGGUAGUGGUGGUGGCAGCAGUGACAGUGGUAGUAGUGGCGGCGGCAACUCUGGUGGGGAUCGUAACGGCGGCGGUGGUAGUGGAGGUGGUUGUGCCGGUGGUGGUGGCGAAGUCGCGGAGAAGGAGGAGAGGCCACCGGCUUCAGAGACUGUCGAGCCGACGGCCGCGUUUGACGUCGCAUCCCUCGUACUCUACGGCUCGCGCGCACUGCCGAUACGCCUUAAGAUCUUGCUCGAUCAGUUGUUCAACCAGUUGCCCGCCGCGCAAGUGA